ACUUUAAGAGGAUAGGUAGGCAUUAGUGGUAAGACGUUCCCUGCAUCCAGGUUUGCCAAAUCCAGUGUGCCAAAUCCACUGUGUGGCACACUGGAUGGUAUAUAGUGGUCGCCGGAGAUAACUGGACCUUUUUUCAGCACUUUUUGGGGAGACAAAUAAGACAAAGCACAGCAUCGGCCCUCGCUGCCUCGUCGCUCUCCUUCCCCUAUUCCCCCGGUAAGACUCGGAUUCACUCGCUGCAACCAUGGUGGUGAUGAAGAUGAAGUUCCCCUUUGAGAAAAGGGUGAAGCUGGCCCAGGGACUGUGGCUCCUCUCCUGGUGCGCCACAGUUGCCGGGGCCAUCACCUUCAGCCUGGGCUGCGUCCUCAAGGCGGAGCUCCGCAGGAGGGCAGAGGUGAUGGAUAACUCGGACAUACAUAUUGUGCCCAACACCCUCAUGAUCGUUGGUCUGGCCUCCUUGGGUAUCAACUACUUUGCUUCAAGGGUCUGCCAGGAUGCUCUGGAUGCCGGGCGAUUUCCUCGCUGGAAGAACAUGUUGAAGCCCUACUUCGCCAUCUCUUGCUUCUUCACCGUCCUCAUGUUGCUCUCCGUCAUCAUGUGCUACGCGAUGAAGGGCAGCCUGGAGUCGUCCCUGAAGGUCGGCUUGAAGAACGGCAUCCGCUUCUACAAGGACACGGACACCCCGGGCCGCUGCUUCCAGAAACAGAACAUCGAUCGGCUGCAGAUGGAUUUUCAGUGCUGCGGGAACAGUGACUUCAGGGACUGGUUUGAGUGCCAGUGGAUCAGCAACCGCUACCUUGAUUUCAGCUCCAAGGAAGUGAAAGACCGCAUCAAGAGCAACGUGGACGGCCGUUACUUGGUCGAUGGCGUCCCAUUCAGUUGCUGCAACCCCAGCUCUCCACGGCCAUGCAUCCAGUAUCAGCUCACCAACAACUCAGCCCACUAUAACUACGAAUACCAAACCGAGGAGCUCAACAUCUACCUCCGAGGUUGCAGAGAGGCCCUGGUCCACUACUACAUGGGCCUGAUGAACACCAUUGGGGCUGGAGUGCUGUCAGUCUUCCUCUUACAGGGCUCAGUGCUGGUGAGCUUGCGGUUCCUGCAGACCGCCAUGGAGGCAGUGGCGGGGAAUGAGAACACAGAGAUUGAGACGGAAGGGUACUUGCUGGAGAAAUCAGUGAAAGAAACCGUCAUGGAGUACCUCGAACCCGUGUUGAAGUUCUUCCUGCUUACAAACCAGGUGGAGGAGGGCGCUCCUGCCGCCACCUAAACCACAAAAAAAAUGUGUACACACAUGUAAAUAAUUUUUACACAAAGAUAAUUAAUGAUUUGAAUUUGAAAAUAGAAUAUUAAUCACAAAUUUCUAUGAAUUUCACAGAUUUAGGGAUAGUAUUUUUUAUUGUGAGAUGACCAGCACGGGUGAAGUAAAUAUUUACUAUAUUACUAUAUUGUACUUUCACACUCAAAUUCUAUAUGCUGAGCUGAUACCCCCUCUGUUAUCCACAUACUGUACAACAUCAGAAAAGAUAUACACAAAUACACAAAAUCACCUCACUGCUUUUGACUGUGAUCUGCAUUUAAUUGCAUUCACACACAAGUCUGUGUCAAAAGCAGUAAAACAAUCACCACUCAGUCACUCGGUAAACAGUGAUUCACGAGGCAGUGUACAAAAAUGGUCUUACAAAAAUAAGGAAGUAAAGCUGACUGUAGGGAGACACAAGGCACAAUGCUCUGCUGCGCAACAGGACCACUCAUGGGACAUAAUAUAUAACAGAUGACUUUAAAAAAAUAUUAAAAUUUGAGGUUACUAAUUGCCUUAUGGAGUGGAGUCACUUAUUGCUUCUUCUUUUUUUCUAACGACAUGCAGACAUUAAAAUACUUCACCCUCCAUAACAGCUGCUCCAAGUUGCUAAUUUCUUCCCUGCCAGUGAAAGGAAUAGGAUUAUGGAGAUGGAUAUAAUCGAUGUCAGUAAUGCAGUGAAAGCCAUCAGGUGUGUCCUCUGUUCUGACACCUUUCUUAAAGCUUUUAAUCCAAUUUGUUAAUACCCGACCUGCUGCCCUUGCAGUUAGACACCUGCGUCAGGUGAAUGUAAGAUGCAGAGUGAACUAUGCCAUGGCUUUAUUUGCUUAUGGAAAUAUAAGUACUUAAAAAAUGAUAAUGUUUGAUGAUGAUUUUCAAGUUUGGAGGAAGAGUUUUUGUUCUUUUACCCAUGUCCCUGGGCAGUUCAUAAAAAAAUAAAAGAGGUUUAUUCUACACUGUCUUUAUGAAACAAAAUAUUGGUUAAUCUCUAGAAUCAAUUUCUAAUAUCAGCCCAUGUGAAUAGCUUUAUUAAAGGUCCUUUUAAAAAUAAAU